AUGUCUUCGUCUGACGAAGCUGAAUCUUCAGCACAAGCUUUGGAAAGAUACAUCGUUGAUCAGCUGGAGGGUCUAUCCUUGACCGUUCCUCAAGAUGAUGUCGAGAUGAUGGCUCGAUUCAUUGAGGAAGAAGGACUGGAAAGAGAUGAAAAGUUGGAAGGCGCGAAAGGGAUGUUGGAGGGCGUUGUUGAAGGUGGUAUACUACCAGAGGAAGGUGUAGAUGAGAUGCUAGGAAACGUCGUUGAUGAGCAAGAGAGACUGAAGAGACUUGAUGAAGAAAGGAAUGAGGAAGUUGAAGAAGAUGUGAGGUCACCUUCACCACCACCCAAACCUUCUGAUAUUCUAUCGUCAUUAACCGAAGAAGAAUUACGCGCUGCUCAACGUAAAGCCCUAUUAAGGCAAUACGCCUAUGUCGACGCCUCCGAAGAUGAAGUGAAAGCCGCGAUAGCUGGAAACGAAAGAGACCCAAACGCACCUCCCAAAGUAGGUAAAGCGAAUGAAGGAGAAGAAAAGAAAGCUGCUGAAGAAAGAAGAAGAAUGGUUGAAGAAGCUUUGCGAUUGGAUGGGAAGAAGAAGAAAUACAGGAAACAGCAAGAAAUCGACUUACUUGCACCUAAUCUGAAUCGAGAGAAAGUCGCUUUCCGUGCUCAGAUGGAGAAGGAAGCUCAGAAAAGUGCAGCUCAACAAAGAAGAGAUAGAGAUAAGGCAGCUCUGGAUAAGCAAAGGGCCGAUCAAGCUAAAGCAAAGGCUGACAAACAGAAGAAAGCUGCUAAGCAAGAAAGAAGAGCUUAA